AUGAGGGCAGCGGGCAGCCCAGCCCUGCCGCUGCAACCCGGGGACACAGGCCACCCCUGCUUCGAUCGUGGGGGCUCCUGCGCUCCUUGCUCUCACACCCAGCAGCUCUCACGGGGUCAGCACUGCUGCCUCCAGGUCCGCGGGCCCCACCACACGGAAAUGGAAUUCAGAGGUAGCUCCCUGUCCUCCCGCUCCCUGGUGCUUUGGAAGCGAGAUGGCAUCUCCUCGCUGGAACCUCCCAGUGUGGAAGGCGCCUGUCCCAUGCUCGAGGUGAACAAUAACGGAGUCAUCUCCUUCCUGAGAGAGGUCUCUCAGUUCACGCCUGUGGCCUUCCCCAUUGCCAAGGACCGCCGGGUGGUGGCAGCGUUCUGGGCUGAUGUGGACAACCGGCGUGCGGGCGAUGUGUACUACCGGGAGGCCACCGACCCGGCCACGCUGCGCAGGGCCACGGAGGACAUCGCGCGCUACUUCCCGGAGCUGCCCAGCUUCUCUGCCGCCUGGGUGUUCGUCGCCACCUGGUUCCGCGUGACCUUCUUUGGAGGCAGCUCCUCAUCGCCUGUGAACACGUUCCAGACGGUGCUGGUCACUGACGGCAAGCUCUCCUUCACCAUCUUCAACUAUGAGUCCAUCACGUGGACCACGGGCACUCACGCCAGCAGUGGGGGCGAUGCUGCUGGCCUGGGAGGCAUUGCAGCCCAGGCCGGCUUCAACGCAGGGGACGGUCAGCGCUACUUCAGCAUCCCCGGGUCGCGCACAGCAGGCAUGGCCGAGGUGGAGACCACCACCAACGUGGGCGUGCCGGGGCGCUGGGCGUUCCGAGUCGAUGAUGCCCAGGUGCGCGUGGGGGGCUGCGGCCAUACAACCUCCAUCUGCCUGACCCUGCGUCCGUGCCUCAACGGUGCCGAGUGUGUGGACGACUGCGUGACAGGCAACCCCUCCUACACCUGCUCCUGCCUCGCGGGCUUCACUGGGCGCAGGUGCCACCUGGACGUGAACGAGUGUGCCUCCGACCCGUGUCAGAAUGGUGGGACCUGCACCCACGGCAUCAACACCUGCCAGUGCCCGGCCGGCUUCGGCGGACCCACCUGUGAGACAGACGUGGACGAGUGCAGCUCGGACCCGUGCCUGAACGGUGGGUCCUGUGUGGACCUCGUGGGCAACUACACCUGCGUGUGUGCCGAACCCUUCGAGGGACCUCGCUGUGAGACAGUGCCCGACGCCUGCCACUCGGCCCCUUGCCAGAAUGGAGGCACCUGUGUGGACGCUGAGCAGGGCUUCGUGUGCGAGUGCCCGGAAGGCUUCAUGGGCCUAGACUGCACAGAGAGGGUCGCCGACAGCUGUGAAUGCCACAACGGGGGCAGGUGUCUGGGCACCAACUCCACCCUCUGCCAGUGCCCCCUGGGCUUCUUCGGGCCCCUCUGUGAACUCGAAGUGACAGCCACGCCCUGUAACAUGAACACACAGUGCCCGGACGGCGGCUACUGCGUGGAGCAUGGCGGGACCUACCUGUGCGUCUGCCACAUGGACCACACCCUCCCCCCAGCCCUGCCAUCGCCUUGUGACUCGGACCCUUGCUUCAACGGAGGCUCCUGCGAUGCCCAUGACGACUCCUAUACCUGCGAGUGUCCACGAGGCUUCCACGGCACGCACUGCGAGAAAGGUACCGCCAUGCCACGAUGGGCCAGCCGCUCGCCACAGCCCUCCCUCUGUCUGCCCUGUGUCUCCUGCCCUGGUGCCUGCCCGGGCACUGUGUCCUGUGGGGGCGUCUGCUCCCGGAGCACGGGGCGACACACCUACAGGACAUGGGACAAGGAGCGCAGUGGCAGCCACCCAGCCACAGCAGGCACAGAUCCUGACCCCGGACGAGCACUGGGCACAGGGUUCCUGGGCCCUCCAGGGAAGCCAGACUCCUGUGCCUCGGGUCCCUGUCACAAUGGCGGUACCUGCUUCCACUACAUUGGCAAAUACAAGUGUGACUGUCCCCCGGGCUUCUCUGGGCGGCACUGCGAGACAGCCCCCUCCCCCUGCUUCCGGAACCCGUGUGUCAACGGGGGUACCUGCGAGGACCUGGGCACGGAGUUCUCCUGCCAUUGCCACGCGGGCUUCACUGGACACCGGUGCCAGGCAGAGAUCGACGAGUGCCAGUCUCAGCCGUGCCAGCAUGGGGGCUCCUGCCAGGACGGCGUGGCCGGGUUCCUGUGCCUCUGCAGUCCAGGCUACGAGGGGGUGCACUGUGAGCGGGGUAAGACACGGCCUGGCCCCUCGCGUGGCAGCUGCCCCCUGGCCACGCAGCCCGACCACAGCCCUCGGUGCAGCUGCUCCUCCCCGGACAGACCCCUACGAGGCCAGGCCGACCACUCAGGCCGGGAGCUCCAGGGAACCUUCGCCUGCCAGUGCCCCGCCGGCUUUGUCGGAACCCACUGUGAGACAGAGGUGGCCCCCUGCGGCUCCAGCCCCUGCCAGCAUGGAGGCCGGUGUGAGCGCGGCGCUGGGGCCUACCUAUGCGUCUGCCCCGAGGGCUUCCUCGGCUCCCACUGUGAGACAGUCAGUGACCCCUGCUUCUCUAGCCCCUGUGGGGGCCGCGGCUACUGCCAGGCCAGGAACGGGUCUUACAGCUGCACCUGCAAAGUGGGCUACACUGGGAGGGACUGCGCCAGAGAGCUCCCCCCACCGAGGGCCCUGAAGGUGGAGAGAGUGGAGGAGAGUGGCCUGUCCAUCUCCUGGCAGCCUCCCGGAGGCCCAGAAACCAGGCAGGUCCUGGAUGGCUACGCGGUCACCUAUGUCCCCACCGACGGCUCCUGGCGGCGCACGGACUUCGUGGACAGAAGCCGCUCCUCGCACCAGCUCCAGGCUCUGGCGGCCGGCGGGGCCUACAACAUCUCGGUCUUCUCCGUCAAGCGCAACGCCCACAAGAACGACAUCAGCAGGCCGGCGGUGCUGCUGGCCCACACCCGACCCCGCCCUCUCGAGAGCCUCGAGGUCACCAACGUGACGGCCAGCACCAUCUCGGUGCGCUGGGCUCUGCACGGAGUCCACCAUGCCGCCGUCAGCAGGCUGCGCGUAUACAUCCGCCACCCCGAGGCCCCCAGGAGCCAGCCCACCGACGUGGACAGAAGCGUGGACAGGUUCACUUUUGGGGCUCUGCUACCGGGGAGAAGGUACACCAUCCAGGUGACCACCCUCAGUGGGCUUGAGGACGAGGAGCACCCCACAGAAAGCCUGGCCACCACCCCCUUGCACGUGUGGACCCGGCCCCUGCCUCCAGCAAACCUGACUGCCUCCCGAGUCACGGCCAACUCCGCCCACGUGGUCUGGGACGCGCCCGGGCCCGCUGCCUCCCUGGAGGCAUAUGUCAUCAAUGUGACCACUGGCCAGAGCACGAGGAGCCGCUACAUCCCCCGCGGGCAGCUUGCGGCCCACACGGUGCGUGACCUGCUGCCCGGGCGGCAGUACCAGCUCUCGGUGACGGCAGUGCGGGGCACGGAGCACGGGCAGCUGCACAGCGAGCCCGCCCACCUGGACAUUACCACCGCCCACAGGGACAGUGGUGACAGACGCUGGCACCAAGGAGGACGUCACCCACGGGUGCUCAGAAACAGACGGCCACCAGCGCGCAUACCAGAGCUGCACCUGCUCAGCGACGGCACCCCCGAGGCUCCGCCCCAGGGGGCUGUGGCCCACCUAGAGCAGCCAAGCCCUACAGGAGGCCAGGGCCUGGCCUCUGAUGGAGAUGGCACUGGGGGUGAGGCACUGGCAGGUGGACCAGCCCCCAGCUCAGGGCAGCUGGCGGGAGGAGCCCAGGCACGAAGCCCCGUGAUCACUCCACUUCUCUUGGAACCCACAGCCCCAGUCCAGCUCGGGAACCUGGAGGAGGCCCCCACCCCGGUCAGCCUGGCCCUCCAGCAGCCUGGACACAGCGACAAGGACCUCGAAAGUGCCCCUGGGAACUGCUCAGAAAACCCCUGUCAGAACGGCGGCACCUGUGUGCCAGGCGCUGCGGCCCACCGCUGUGACUGCGGGCCGGGGUUCAAGGGCAGACGCUGUGAGCUCGCCUGUACCAGGGAGCCCCACCCCUGCACGCGGCUGUUCUCGGAGACCAAGUCCUUUCCAGUCUGGGAGGGCGGUGUCUGUCACCACGUGUACAAGAGAGUCUACAAAGUUCACCGCGAUGUCUGCUUCCGAGAGCGCUGCGAGACCACGGGUCCCAGGACCCCUGCACAGGAAACAAAGUAACCUUCAAACACUGAAGAAAUCCUAAGAUUCAUUUCUAUAAAAACAAAUCCAGAAACCCUUCACUAAUUAUCAAGUUAUCAAAUACCGGCUCAGAGAACACCUAUUCUUGACGCCAUGGAGAAAACUACAAACACGCGGGGAACAGAAAGGCGCCCUCCCAGUACCCACCUAGGAGCCCGGAAAUCAACUUCAACCAAGGCGCCGCAGCCCUGCUCACGCCCGCAGAGAGGCCCAGGGUCAUCUCAGAUGGAGAGCGGGGAAGAGCAGCCUGUGGGUUGGAAACUGAACCCACCGCGCGGGGUCCCAGAGGCCUGCUCUGCUGCUGUGAGGCCGGCAGGUCUGGGGUAGGGACCCGAGCAGCAGAGGCGUGGGAAGCAGGGCUUGACAGAGGACCAGGUGCGGCUGUCUGUUCUCAUCCUCACUGCUUUUUCUCCGAAGGACCUAGGACGUUCUCGUUACACUCCUCCAACCUCAAGUUUCUAAGACCCAGGAAGACGAGGUUAAGCUGGAUGGACAGCACCACAGAGGCAAGGUCCUGGCUGGAACCAGCCCUCUGGGCCAGGCCCACACUUAGCUCCAGGACCGUCACUGCACACCUCGCGAUGUAUCCGGGCGCCCGUGCUAAGCUGGCCUCCCAAUGCUUUGCUCUCAGACCCCAGUGUGGAGCCCUCAGGGUCCUGGCUGAUCACGGAGCCACUGCCAAGGCCCACCUCCGGGUCGGGGGCCGGGUGACGGCAGGGCCAGGAGAUGGUGAGAGGUGCAUUCUGGGCAGAGCACCGUGCUGACCGCUCCCCCGUACUUGUGCUGGUUGCUCUGCAGGCUGAUGUCCACCACACGCACUGGCAUUCCGGGAGAAAAGGCCCACAAACACUAAGGGGAGCGCUACACAGCCUUCGUCUACCAUGGGCACAGGUCUGCAGGCUUUCCCAGGAAGCCAGACAGCAAAUGCUUCCUGGCUCGGUGACCGCCACUAGACUCUGCCACCGCAGCAGGUGCGUGCACGGGUGUGGCUGGGCGCCAGUCUCGUCUCAUUUACAGACAGGGUGGCCAAGCUGGCCAUAGUUGGGAGAACUGUUGGCCUGGGCUGGCUUCAUGCAGAGGAAGCCACACCAGGAGGACGAGCCACCACCAAGGCACCAAAGACCUGGGUCUUCACAGAAAAGGCAGAGGCCUGCCUGGGAAGCCGAGGCACAGCAAGGGCCUCUUGGGGUCCGAAUGCAGAGCUGCGCAGCGCCUGCCCUAUGUGCCAGGCCUUCAGCCCCUCUUGGACUCGGGGGUGCUAGUGCAGGCUCCCAAAGAGUGAGGAUGGUCCCGGACGUGCUACCUCCAUGGCUGAACACUCAUCCUACCCCUCGCCAUCCAGCUUGCUCCUCCGCGCUCUGGCCUCUCCUGGCCCCACGCCCCAUGUGCCGUGCACAGAGCAGCCGCUCCCCC